AUGGAGAAAGCGUGGACGCAGCUCCUCUUUCUCCUGAUCCACUUGAUUCUAGGGGUGAUUCCGAUGGACGGAUCCCUGGAAUAUCAGUUGGCUUCCCCGGGAAAGAGAUACAAAGCCGUGGCUCGAGAGUCCCGAGAGGCGAGUUCGGCAAGUUGCGCCGUGAAAUGCGUCCAUGCCGACCCGCAAGCUCCCUGCGGAACUUUCAGCUUUCGCCCAUCGGAUGGAUCCUGUCAACUGAUCAGCUUUAGAAAUCACGAGAUGAUCCCGGCCGAUGGCUAUUUGACCUUCAUACGUUAUGAAGUAGUUUAUCCCGAAUGCCGACUGACGGAGAGGGGGAAGGAAUACACGGGAACCGUGAGCUUGACAGAAACAGGAAAACCCUGCCUUAGAUGGGAUUCCCCAAAUGUGGCAUCGUCAUACAGUACAGUUGGGAAAGGGUUCGACGAGAUCUUGUUUUUCGACGAGCAUUUCCUGAACCAGGAUCCAUCCUCCCACGAGAAUUUCUGCCGGAAUCCGACGUCGAACGAGAAACCCUGGUGCUUCAUCGAAGAAGACGGCUUGAAGUGGGAGUCGUGCGAGAUUCCACUUUGCAAUGAUUGGAGGGCACCAGAAUGCAAGUUGACUCAGAAGGGAGCGGAAUACAUGGGUUCUAAGAGCAAUACCAUUUCAGGCUUCCCAUGCAAUCCUUGGCUGAGUUGGGAGAGAGAAAUCUUGGAAGAAAUGUUUGCAGAAAGGCAGCAGGCAUUCCCUGACAUCCUCACGGAUGAACACAACUACUGUCGGAAUCCGACUGGGAGGCCCGGUGGUCCCUGGUGCAACAUCCAGAAAUCUGGAGACUCCGAAAAUACAUGGGAAUACUGCGACGUGCGUUUCUGUGCUGAGGAACGCACGAAGAGGACAUGCAAGACAGAAGGCGGGUAACCCGCAGAAUGCAAAUUGACAGAUGAGGGAUCGGAGUAUGCAGGGUUCAAGUACAUGGAGGUAGAUGAUUUCAAGUGUGAACCGUGGUUGAAACACCCGACCGACGAGCGAUUCUCGCGCUCGAGUUGGCUCGCAUUCCCUGAUGCAGGCCUUGACAGUAGUCACAACUACUGUCGCAAUCCGAACAGAGAGCGAAGCGGUCCCUGGUGCUACACUGGUGAGACAACUGUAGAAGGAUGGGGAUAUUGCAGAGUACCUUUCUGCUUUGAAGUGUAUGAGCGUUCUGCUGUCAAUGGUGAGCCGGCGGAAGGUUACCCGGAGUGUCGACAGACCGAAAUGGGGAAGGAAUACGUGGGGACAGCGAGGAGGACCGUGACCGGGAAACCCUGUCUCCGAUGGGAUACGUAUUCACACAGCUACCCAAAGACUGACGACUUCGACCACAAUAUAUCCUAUGGCGCCCAUUUCCGCUUUGGAGACCCCAAAUGGGAAGAGGACUUUUGCAGGAAUCCGACAUUGAAGGAACGACCAUGGUGUCUAGUUGAUGAUCCAGAUAUUAUUUGGGAGUUCUGCGACAUCCCUCUCUGCCCCAACUACCCCCACAAGACGGAAUGCAGAUGGACGCGACAUGGAGAGGAAUACGCGGGAACUAGAAAAUUGACGAUGUCAGGUCGUCCGUGUCUGCCGUGGAGCCUCUCUGAGUUGAUCGAGCUCACUUGGCCGAGGUUCCCGGAGGACGUGAGGGAAAAGGAUCACAACUUCUGUCGCAAUCCAGGCAUGGAUCCAGGUCGAUCAGCAAUGUCUUUCAAAAUGGAGAAAGCGUGGACGCAGCUCCUCUUUCUCCUGAUCCCCUUGAUUCCCGGGGUGAUUCCGAUGGACGGAUCCCUGGAAUAUCAGUUGACUUCCCCGGGAAAGAGAUACAAAGCCGUGGCUCGAGAGUCCCGAGAGGCGAGUUCGGCAAGUUGCGCCGUGAAAUGCAUCCAUGCCGACCCCAAAGCACCCUGCGGAGCUUUCAACUUUCGCCCAUCGGAUGGAUCCUGUCAACUGAUCAGCUCUAGAAAUCACGAGAUGAUCCCGGCCGAUGGCUAUUUGGCCUUCACACAUCUCCGAGACGAGGUGGUUUAUCCCGAAUGCCGACUGACGGAGAAGGGGAAGGAAUACAUGGGGACAGUGAGCGUGACAGAGACAGGAAAACCCUGCCUUAGAUGGGAUUCCUCAAAUGUGGCAUCGUCAUACAGCACAGUUGGGAAAGGGUUCAAUGACGGCAUGUUUUUCGACGAGCAUUUCCUGAACCAGGAUCCAUCCUCCCACGAGAAUUUCUGCCGAAAUCCGACAUUGAACGAGAAACCCUGGUGCUUCAUCGAAGAAGACGACUUGAAGUGGGAGUCGUGCGAGAUUCCACUUUGCAAUGAUCGGAGGGCACCAGAGUGCAAGUUGAGUCAGAAGGGAGCGGAAUACAUGGGCUCAAAGAGCCAGACCAUUUCAGGCUUCCCAUGCAAUCCUUGGCUGAGUUGGGAGAGAGAAAUCUUGGAAGAAAUGUUUGCAGAAAGGAGGCAAGUAUUUCCUGACAUCCUCACGGAUGAGCACAACUUCUGUCGGAACCCGACUGGGAAGCCCGGUGGUCCCUGGUGCAACAUCCAGAAACCUGGAGACUCCGAAAAUGCAUGGGAAUACUGCGAUGUGCGUUUCUGUGCCCAGAAACACACGGAGAGGACAUGCGAGACAGAAGGCGGAUGCGGGUCGAGUGAGUCAUAA